UAUCCCAACAUCCCAGUCAUCGCCAACUUCAUUUGCUCCAAAGCUUGGCAGCGCUUCCAGCAAUUUGGCAGUUCUUGCAUGGAGACUUGGGCCCCCUCUCUGCACAACGACAUGCAAGGCACCCUCCAGAUGUUGCUUGCCCGGUACCCUGAUUUGGUACCCAAUGUCCCGCCAGGCAAUGGACCACUCACAUGGGCAGGCAAGACUGUCAAUACCUCUGCCCAAUCAAGACAUGCGGUGACAGUUCCUCACAGGGACUAUGCCAAUCUGGCAUGGGGCUGGUGUCUCAUUGUGGCCUUAGGUGAUUUUGACCCCAAGAAGGGUGGCCAACUGGUUCUAUGGGUCCUCAAGUUGGUUAUCGACUUUCCCUCUGGUUCCAGCAUCCUAAUCCCAUCUUCUCUCUUACUGCACUCCAACACAGUCAUACAGGAUGGAGAAGACAGGAGAUCCAUCACCUGUUAUUCUGCUGGUGCCCUGCAUCGUUGGGUAGAUCAGGGGAUGCAAACCAAGGUCAAAUUUCAAGCUAGCAUGGAUGGGGAAAAACUAGAGGAGUUCAGGCAGUCUGAACUGCAGUGA